AUUUACGCGUCUUCCAGACAGUGACAUCGACGGCUAUCAUCACCACGAACACACUGCCAAACGGUCAAUUGUACUUGUCUCUUGUCUUAUCGGAGUUUAGUUGAAGUACACAAACCAGAUACAUCAUGAUUGUCCAAAGUCCCCGCCCAAAGCGGUCGAAAAACGCCCAGACGCCCUCGGAAGAGAGACCAUCAAGACCGCAACCACAAGCAGCCGCCGGCUUCUUUGCGCCCAAGAACCCAGCAGGCCCAUCUGACCCGAUACCCUCGUCCUCGCCCGCCUUCGCUACUCCCGUACACCCACUGAAGCCGUUCCAGCCUCCAGUCCUAACAAAAGCCGCAAUCCUUCCCAUCAUCCUUCCUCCAGCGACACUACGACCACUCGCCUUCCGAACGUUUACCAAGAAGCACAGCCUAACACUUACAUCGACGGCGCUACAAGAGCUCGCAACCUUUAUCGGUAGACACUGCGGCUCAGGAUGGAGGGAAGAAGGCCUGGCCGAAAAGGUGCUAGAAGAGGUGGCAAGGAGUUGGAAGAAUCGCAAUGGUGGCGUCAUCGUGGAAGGGAACAGCCCCGAGCUGAAAGACAUUCUCAAGAACCUCGAGGGUAACAUGAGUGGAGGGAAGAUCCUGACCGGGCCACGAAGCUUGAGCAGACAAAAUAGUCUCUUGCUGGAGCCCGACCAAGACGAACAACAUGCGCAUACUCGACUGGGACUCAGGCCUGUGCAGUCAUUAACUCGGGAGGAUAGCAACGCCAGCUUUGGCAUGUCUGGGUUGGAGUUCACAGAAGAGCCGGAGGACGAUUCAGUGAGGGAUGUCAGAAGGUGGUUAAAGGUUAUACAUGCCUUUGAUCAACCACGGUUGACGUAUAAUGUUGGAAAGAAGCACUUUGAGAGGGACCCCUCCAAACCCUCCUUACUACCAGCCGCCUCCCACAAAACCGAUGCCUUCCGCAACCGCUACAACGUUAUCCACCAGCGCAUUCUCCGCAACGAAGCCUUCCAGUCCUCCUCCGUCCAAGGCUCCAGCCUGCGUCAACGAACCACCGCCAACGGCCUCUCUUCCCAUAAGAUCACUCCGAUAGCCAACCUGCUCGGCCGCCACGGCACCCACCACAUGCUGCUGGGCAUGCUUGUUGUCCUCCCCACCGGGUCCCUCGCCAUUAGCGAUCUAACCGGCACCAUCACUCUCGACCUUUCCCACGCUGUCGCCAUCCCCGAAGAUUCUGCCUGGUUCACACCGGGCAUGAUUGUCCUCAUCGACGGCGUCUACGAAGAAGAGGAGGAGACCAUGACUAUGGGUAAUGGUCUCAGUGGCAGCAGCGGUGUGGGCGGUACCAUCGGCGGCCGGUUCCAGGGGUUCUUCAUCGGCCAGCCGCCAUGCGAAAAGCGCCGGGUUACGCUCGGUGUUAGUGGACCCGACGGUUCCGGCGCUGAUCACACUAUUGGCGGCGGGUUCGGCUGGAUUGACUUCCUGGGCGUAGGCAGCGAGAGGGCAGUCGGGUCAAAGAUGCGCAAGUUGGAGCACAGGAUCCUUCGGCAACCAGCCCUGUUGGAGGAUGGCAGGCCGUCGAGGGGUAGGGUGGUGAUCAUUGGCGAACUGAACCUAGAUCAGCCGAGGAGUUUGCAGGCGCUUAGGAAGAUCUUGGGUCUCUAUGCCAGUGAUCCUGAAGGGUGUACACCUAUGACGUUUGUGUUGGCGGGUAACUUCACGCAGCAUGCUGUCAUGGCGAGGGGCGGUAGCGGUGGUAGUAUCGAGUACAAGGAGUUUUUCGACGCGUUGGCGUCGACACUGGCGGAUUUCCCUAGUCUGCUCACGACGGCAACCUUCGUCUUCGUGCCGGGUGACAACGACGGGUGGGUGUCUGCCUUCUCUGGCGGUGCGGCAACUCCCUUGCCGAGGAAACCCGUCCCAGAUCUGUUCACAUCCCGCAUCAGGAGGGUGUUCGCAGCAGCGAAUGCCGAAGGAGGAUUAGCCAACCCAGGCAAAGAAACCGAAAAGGACGCCGGUAAAAGGAAAGGCGGCGAAGCCGUCUGGACAACCAACCCAAGCAGGAUAACCCUCUUCGGACCCAGCCACGAAAUGCUUCUAUUCCGAGAUGACAUCUCCGCCCGGCUACGACGAGCUUCUGUCCGUCUUAAGAACACGAGCAAAGCCCCCGUCGAACCGGAACCACCAACAUCCAACGACAACGACGACUCGGCGAUGGAUAACCAAUGCCCGCCCUCCUCCCUCCCCGACGCCCCCGAUGCCGACGAUGAAGACAUGGCAGACACAACCAUGACCGACGCCAUGGACGUCGAUUCUGCCCCUGCUCCUAACCAAAAGGCUACCAUGCUACCUCCACCUUCCAUACCCUACGACGUCCUCGCUGCCCGCAAGUUAGUGAAAACUAUUCUCGACCAAGGAUACCUCGCUCCCUUCCGGCAGGCUAUCAGGCCCGUACACUGGGACUAUACCUCCGCUAUGUACCUCUACCCGCUGCCGACAGCCAUGGUGUUGGUGGAUACUACCGCUCCGCCGUUUUGCGUCACGUAUGAGGGGUGUCAUGUCAUGAAUCCGGGGAGCAUAUUGGUGCCGGGGAGGAAGGGGGCGGCGAGGUGGGUUGAGUAUGAGUUACCUGGAGUGGGAGGGAUGGGGACGGGUGGAGGGAGGGUGAGGGAAUGUACAUUCUGA